UAUGAAUUAUACGAGACUGAUACAUUGAAGAAGUAAUGCGCCGGAGUCCUAUUCACAGUGCUUUUUGCGACGCCGCGGUGAGCGCGCGUAGCGUGUAUUUUUUACAGGGGUAACAAUGCCGACCCCGGACUACAGUAUCGAGUUGGAGCUCGGUGAACCACCACCGGAACUGCUGGAGUACGCGCGGAAAGAAUGCGGCGAAGACCCCAACACACGCUUGCAAGCUAUUUAUGAAUUACGGGAAAUGAUAUAUGAAAGAGGAGAAUGCACGCCUCAUCGUAUGGAUGACGAAUUUUUAACUCGAUUUCUAAGAGCCCGCAAUUUUAUACCACAAAGAGCGCAUAGAUUGAUCGUCAAUUAUUAUAACUUCAAAGAUGAAAACCCUGAUUUGUUCGAAAACAUAUAUCCAUUAGAUUUAAGGAAAAUUGGUGAUUCUCAUGUCAUAUCUGUACCACCAUAUCGUGAUCAGGAUGGCAGAAGACUUCUUUUGUUCAGAAUUGGAUGUUGGGAUGCAAAAACGAUACCAGUAGACGAUUUAUUCAAAGCUACCAUAUUCGCAAUGGAAAUUGGAGUUCUAGAAGUCAGAACUCAGAUCCUCGGCGGAGUGGCUCUGUUUGACUUGGAAGAUAUUGGCGUACAACAUGCUUGGCAAAUAACUCCCUCCGUUGCGUCUAAGAUCGUCAAAUUAUUGGUGUCGAGCUUCCCAGCGACCACAUACGCGAUACACAUCAUCAACCACUCGUGGGUGUUCGACAAAAUGUACAACAUCUUCAAGCCGUUCCUCACCGCGGACAUGCGUUCUAGAAUAUUCUUCCAUGGCUAUGACGUCACAUCUCUCCACAAGCAUAUUAGACCGGAGUACUUACCAGAGAGAUACGGGGGAGUGUGGCCAGACUUCAGUUAUACUGGCUGGCUGGAAUCUUUGAGACAUAACCAUACAAUUGCUAAAGAAACUAUUUCAUGCGGUUACAAGUUUCGCGCUGAAGAACUCGGCUCUGAAGUUGUGAGUCGACUCAAGGAAGAAGGCGUUGAACUUUCUUGAGUUGGUUAGAAUCAGUCUUGUAUGUCGGGAUUUUGUUCAAGUCGUUAUUUUAUUAUAAUGCCGAUUGCAGGGUAAUUAA